AUUGUUGUUGAUAGAUCUUUCAUACAUUAUAAGUACACACAGUUCAUGUAUAAGACCUCUGCCGUGACUAGUUUCACUGUUUUCCAUUUAUAACUAGUUUAAAUUACGAAUGCACUUGACUUUAAGUAAAGACAUUUGUCUGCUUUUCUUUUUGUUUUUCUGUGUUUCCAGUUGGACAACCAAAUAAGGAAUACUUUUGGCAUAAGUUCUCAGGAAAGUCUUUUUCCUGGAAUGCUCCCUUACACGCUACCCUGGACAAUCCCCCAAUCCUUCGGAAUGCAUUCAUAAGGAGGAAAAAGUGUUUUUGAAAAUCACUUUAUUGUAUCCACCAAACUCAGUCAUUCUGAACCUGAUGGCUGCACUUAAAAUGGGAGGGAUUCUUCUGCCGUACAUUUUCCUCCUUUCUGUUUCUCAGCCAGGGAUGGCUUUCAACAUCGAUCCAAAUCCAUGGAAAAAUUUCAGCCCGACCCAAAACGUAGCCUUUGGCUACAAAGUAAUACAGAAAGCCACUAACAGUUUGAUUGUGAGUGAUCCUCUUAUUCAAAGUCAGAAUGAAAGAGGACAAGUGUACAAUUGUGAUGUUAAUCUAGGAACCUGUUUACCGAUAACAAUAAAUGUGCCCCCUGAGGCUGUCAACAUGUCUCUUGGACUUUCAAUGACUAAAGAUCCACAGACUUCAAAUACAGUGGUCUGUGGCCCAACCAUUCCUAUUCAUUGUAAGCAAUUUACUGCAUACAAUGGCAUGUGUUUUACACUGAAUUCUCGCAAUUUUCCAUCAGAACCUAUGCCAAGACAAUUAAGAGAUUGCCCAUUACCAACAGACAUUGCGUUCUUGAUGGAUGGCUCUGGUAGUGUAAAUAAUGUGGAUUUUAAAAUGAAGACAUUUAUUAUAAGCAUGGUUAAUGCAUUUCAAGGAAGAGAUUAUCAGUUUGCAGUUGCACAAUAUUCAAGUGGGUGUGAAAUACACAUACAUUUCAACAGCUUUUCAAGCACUAAUCAAAUACAAAGUAUCACUCAAUUUAGGGGUGGUACCUACACUGCCACUGCUAUCAAAAAAGUUGUGAAUGAAGUAUUUAGCAUUCAGGCAGGAGCCAGAGAAAAAGCUAACAGAGUGUUGGUGGUCAUUACUGAUGGUCAAUCACAUGAUCGGAAUGAUCUACCAUCUGCUGCUAACAGUGCAGAGAAAAAGAAAAUUAUUCGCUAUGCUAUAGGGGUUGGCGGUGCCUUUGACAGCAGAGAUGCAGAAAAUGAGUUGAAAACUAUUGCAUCGGAUCCAGAUGCUAAACAUGUAUUUAAAGUGAAUGACUUUUCUGUACUGGAGGAAAUUCGGAACGCACUAGAAGAGACUAUCAUUGCAAUUGAAGGAACCAAGACUACAGGGGAAUCUGCUAAGAUGGAAUUUGCACAGGAUGGAUUCAGUGCCGAUUUUUUUCAAAAUGGACAAAUAAUAAUGGGUGCAGUUGGAGCCUUUCAGUGGAAAGGUGGUUAUCAGAUGUACAACAGUGGAGAACCUUCAGGAACCUUUCAGAAGGGUGACAAUGAGGACAGUUAUUUAGGUUAUUCCAUGACAGUAGCAAAUGUAUGGCCAAAUAAAUACAUUAUUCAGGGAGCUCCAAGAAAUAAUCACACAGGCAAAGUGAUCAUAUCAGACACUACAGGCACCGUUCAUUCACUGGAUUCUCCUGAGCCUCAAAUUGGUGCCUAUUAUGGUGCUGAGUUAUGUGUGGUGGACUUGGACUCAAAUACAUUUUCAGAUCUUCUACUUGUUUCUGCUCCACUGCAUAAUGAGGGGGAUCAGGAAGGAAAGGUUUUUGUCUACACAUUUAUGCAAUCCCAGAGUACUGAAAGGAACUCCAGGAAAAGAGGAAGGUUUGGAAUGACAUUGGCCAGCCCUGCAGAUUUAAACAGGGAUGGUAAGAUGGAUGUAGUGGUAGGAGCACCUCUAGAGGACAAUGGCCAGGGCAGCAUCUACAUCUUUAAUGGAAGAAAUGCAGAUAUUGCCCCUACCUAUUCACAGAGAAUCAGUGGCUCGUCUGUACGCUCUGGGCUGCAAUUUUUUGGUAUUUCUCUGAGUCAGUCCUCUCUGGACCACAGUCAAGACCAGCUGCCAGAUCUCGCUGUUGGUUCCAAAGGAGCAGUCACACUUUUAAGAUCGAGACCCAUCGUGGAUUUGCGGAACACCCUAACCUACAGCCCGUCCAAAAUCCCCACCCGAGACACUGACUGCACCAGUCCUUUGAGAAACACCCUAAAAUUGUGUUUCACCAUGGAUAGAUUAAAAAAUGAUCCCCAAUCAGACUUGAAUGCAAAUAUAAACUAUACCAUAAAACUUGAUGCCAAACGACAAAGCUACCGGGCCUACUUUUCAGAGAAAAUCCGUGAUCUCUCUCGCAUGAUAUCUGUGUCGCUGCAGGAAAAGUGUGAUGAACAUAAUUUCUUUAUAGAGGCCUGCCCUAAUGAUGCACUAAACCCAAUAAUAAAUGAGUUAGUGUAUACAUUUGAGGGUCUCCCUAGUCAAAAAUUAGGCAAUUUACGUCCGAUGCUCAUUCCUACUGUAAAGUACACCUCGGAUUAUAACCUGGAUUUUGAAAUAAACUGUGGAACCGAUAAUGUCUGCAUCGAUAAUCUCAAAGUGGAUUUUAACUUUUCUGGACACUCAGUUAUACAGGUUGGAAUAAUGCAGGAGAUGAAUGUGACAGUUUUCAUACAGAACAGAGGGGAAAACUCCUAUAACAGUCGAGUCGUUCUCAAAUACCCAUUCGGACUUUCCUUCAGACGAUUCACCACUAAACAGGGCAGAUUGGAGUGUGUAUCUGUGGACAGUGAAGAAAAAGCUGUCUUGGGGGAGACUACUUGUUACAUCAGUAAACCCAUCUUCAAAAAAAUGAUUUGUGUAAGUUUGGGAUUAUUGGAUGGAUACUGUUUUACCAACCCCAAUUACAAAAAGUUGGGAUGCUGUGCUGUAUUUGAUGUUACAUAUAACAUAAACAAAGACAGUAACUUUGAAGGAAAAAUCACGAUCAAAGCAACUGCUUCCAGUGACAAUGACAAGCAUGAACGGGACAAUGAAUUGUCCAAAGACAAGUCCAUUGAUGUUAAAUAUGCCAUCUAUGUUGCACUGAUCAGGCACCAGAAUUCCACAAUCCACAUUAACUUUACCGCAGGGAAAAAUGACCUACAGAAACCAAUCCAACAAAUAUUAAAGGUGGAAAAUUACCUCAGGGAUUUGAACGUGGACAUUUUCAUCCGAGUGCCUGUAAAAUUAGGAGAUAAGGACAUCUGGACUAAUACUGUGCAGAUUCCUGGCUGCAAUCUAGACAGACAUGAGAAGCCAAAUGUCGCGGAUUUUGUGGUAGCACUGCAAAAAAACCCUGAGUUGAAUUGCUCUAUAGCCGUAUGUGCAGUCUAUAAAUGUGCUGCAAGUCUCACUAGCAGGCAGCUGAAAUUCUACAACAUCUCUGGUAAUGUCAGCUCUGGGUGGAUCGAACAGACCGGAUUCCAAUCGGCAAUUUUCAUGCUCACCUCUACAGCAACAAUGGCCUACAACAGAACAGCAUACAUUUACUUUGCCUCUGAUUCUGUAAACACUGAACCUGCUGGCAAGAUUGAUACCCAGGUGGAGGUGUAUGAAGAGAAAUUCCCUCUUAAGGAGACAAUUGGAGGUGUCAUAGGAGGGCUUGUGCUUUUGGCUCUUAUUGCUGCUGGUCUCUAUAAGGCCGGGUUCUUCAAAAGCAACUAUAAGAAGAUGUUGGAGGAAGCCGGAGCAGGGGCUGAAGGAACUGAAAAUGGCGCAGAAGCAUUAAAUGAAGAUUGAUGGCUUUGCUCUACAUUUCAGAAACAUAUUUAUUCUAAUGUGUAGUUUAGCUUGUUAGAGUCAGGUCUCUCUGUAAUUUUAAGAGGACACGGUGAUAGUUAUUUGAUUUUGAAUAAUAGCAUUAGCAUUCUUUUUUAGCUCCUGCAGAUUCAGGCAAUGCUUGGACAGGCUUACAAUACAGUGUUAAGGUUGUGGUCACCAGCAUUUUUGAUUAAUAUUUGCUGUAAAUAAGGGGUUUCUGCUUGCAGGAUCUAAUAUGACAAAGGUGGUGUGUUUUUCAUACUUGAUUUUAUGCUUCAUACAAUCAUACUACGCAAGUCCUAAAAGGCCAUGCAAUAUAUUAUUAUCAUGAUCUGUACAUAAUUUUAUUGACAUAAUAAAAGUUGUUUCCUCAUGAUCUAGAUAUAACCAUAAAACUUUAAGGUUACCUUAUAUACCUUUUCUUGUCAGGUUAAUGUGUCAUGAUGGUAAAAUACUGUAUAUACUUUUUUAUUUCAAAUGAUUUAUAUAUAUAUAAUGAGUCUAUCUUUGAAAAGCUCUGAAAUUAAAGUAACGGUCACUGCAUGCAGUCAAAUUUAUUGCAUUUAAUUAGCAUCUGUAAUAAUAAAUGCAAUAGGAAGUAAACUCUACAGAAAAAAGGAAAAGAAAAACACCACACCAGCUUGUGAUGUAUAAAAACCAUGAACCAUAACACAUAAGAAGUAGAACUAUAUUUAGAUUAAAGAGUUGUGCAGAGUGUGGUGAUAUGAAAGAGGAAGCAUGACUGAAAGGCUUUCAUAUACACUGCUGCUUGUUAAAAAGAUGUACUGUCAAAUUUAUUUGAAGAAGCGAUAGUUUUCAGGAUCAUUGUGUAUAAAAAUGUCUGUAUGUGACUGAAUGUUGGGCCAAAGAUUAUAUUUUAUACAACAUUGCCGUUUUUGUCAUGUCGCACCACCUGAAAGCUAAAUUAAAAUAAAAUAAAAUUCCUGGAAUCAUCACUA